UACAGUUGCUCCACACCAGUUGUUCUCCACACGUCUUCCACUCAUCACAAACUCAGGCCAGGAAGAAGACAGGCGCACACACGUACACCCGACACACACUCUCCAGGCGCAGAACCAAACACCACGUAGCGUAGAGCAGUCCAAGGGGAAGCAGGAAUCUUUGUCCCCUUUCAGACCACAGCGUUGUCCAGCAUGGAGCUUUUUGAGACCAACCCGUACUUCUACCCCGACCAGCGCUUCUACGAGGGAGGGGACAGCUACUUCCCCUCUCGCCUGCCUGGGGGGUACGACCAAUCUUCCUACCAGGAUAGGAACUCCAUGAUGGGCAUGUGUGGGAGUCUGUCUGGGGUGUUGGAGUUGGGGGUGACAGGAACAGAGGACAAAGCCUCUCCAGACAGCAUGUCCCCUCACUCCGAGCCCCACUGCCCGGGUCAGUGCCUGCCUUGGGCCUGUAAGCUGUGCAAAAGGAGACGGUUACCAUGGGACCGUCGGAGAGCGGCCACAAUGAGGGAGAAGAGGCGCCUGAAGAAGGUGAACGAGGCCUUUGAGGCUCUGAAGAGGAGCACCCUGAUGAACCCAAACCAGAGGCUGCCCAAGGUGGAGAUCCUGCGGAGCGCCAUCCAGUACAUCGAGAGGCUGCAGGCGCUGGUGUCUUCACUCAACCAGCAGGACACUGAGACAGGACAGCAGGGACUGCACUACCGACCCAGCACCACCCUGCCCAGAGUGUCGUCGAGUGAGCCCAGUUCAGGCAGCACCUGCUGCAGCAGCCCCGAGUGGAGCAGCACUCCAGAGCAGUGCACGCAGAGCUACUGCAGCGAGGAUCUCCUGAGUGCCGCUGACUCUCCGGAGCAGGGGAACAUGCGCGCCCUGACCUCCAUUGUGGACAGCAUCACUGCAGCAGGCUCAUCGGUGGCCUUUUCUGUGGAACUUUCCAAGUAGACCCUCCAACACUGCAGACUCAUAGGUGCACAUAGAGCUACUGACAAAAAAAGAUAAUUGGCUAAUCAAACUGAUAACUGGUUCAAUUUAAUUUAUUUUCCAGCUCUAUUGAUCUAAGUGUCUUAUGCUAAAACUUUAAAAUAUAUAUUUUCUAAUUGUUACUCUGCUGAUCAAUGGGUCUGCAAGCCAAACUGAAUUCCUUCUUUUCUCAAUGAGGCCUUAUUCCCUUUAUUCCCUGACUUAUCCGGCGGUCCAGACCUGUCUACCAGAGGGAGAUUAGUCUAACUAGAGAUUCAAGGACUUUACUGCAUGAAUCCAACAACUAGUUACUAGAGUGGACCUCUGUCAGGCUUACCUUCAGUCGCAGAGGAGUGAUAAAGCCUGGUUUUCUCCUUACUUAAUUUAAGUCUUUCCUCUUUUCAAAAUCUUUCCCUGAUCUUUCAUUCUUUUUGUGUGUGUUAUGCUUAAAAAAACCAUGAGUUUAUUUGUGGGGCCAAUAUGUACCAUGGCAGUUUUGACCAAGAUCUGCUUAAUUUAAACUGGUUAUGAAUGCUAGUGAUGUAAAUACGUUCCCUUUUUCUACAGAGUGGUUUUGCCAUUUUAUUUUUUGCUAACUUAUUUUUGACUUUUAUAACUAAGAUUGUUGUGUAUUUGUAGAUGUUCUGAAAGGGGAUAUUUUCCUGUCCAAUUCUUGCAAUAAAGACUGUUUUGAAUACAA